CGUUGGUCUGGUGGGGAGUUGGUGACGUAGCCAGCUUGGAGAAUUACUCAAUAGCAACUGGACCGCUGUACUUUGUGCUUUCUCCCCUUUUUCCAUCCCUUUCGACUACAAAAGCUCAUCCGUUGCCAAUUCCAUCAAUCCAUUCCUCUACAAAUUCUUCAUCCUCAUCCAUUUCGGUCGUGGUCAGUCCAGUUGACCCCGCUUACGCAAUCAUCCAUUCCCCGCACCGGCCCCGUCCCUGACCCCGCCAAUAUCUCCGAGCAUAAUCAGCAUCACACCUCACGAGAUCAACAUUACACACCACGACAGCCAUCACCAUGUCGCAAUUCCAUUUCGCCAACUCCGACGCUCCAGUCCCGGGCAAUGGCGGCCUUCCACCCCCCGAGUUCACGAUCACCGCCCCCUCCUCCACCGACAUCUGGUCCAAACCGCCCUCGACCACACGCUUCUCCGCACCAAUCCUCUACCAAUCCAUGCCCCUGACCUCCUUCAAGCGCGUCCGUGUCGCCAUCAAUGCCCAGUGGCAGCACCUCUACGAUCAAGGUGGGAUCAUCCUCGUCCUGCGCAAUGCAGACGGAUCCCAAAAGUGGGUGAAAUCGGGCAUCGAGCUCACCCACGGCAAGCCGCAUCUCGGGGUGGUAGCAAAGGACCGUUGGGCGGACUGGAGUCUGUUGCCCGUGCCGUCUGGUGGUGGGGCGGCGACGAUUGAGAUGGUUCGGGAGGCAGAUGGUAGUCUAUGGAUUUAUUUGGUGGAGGGUGUGCAGAAGUCACCGAUUCGAGAGGUGACGUGGGUGUUUCAAGAGGAGGGCGUGGAAGAGGUGUGGGUCGGUGUAUAUGCGGCGAGGCCGGGGGGAGAAGGGGGUGAGUUGACGGUCAAUUUUGGACAUCUCAUUGUUGAUACGGUUUGAGUUGGGUAUAGAGUUGUGAAUAUUUGUAUAGGAUUGGUGGUUAGCGUUCCAGGAGGAGAUAUUUGAGCAUGUUUACAUACCGUGGGAAGCGAUAGAUUCAAUAUCGAGAUGCCCAUGAUUACUGGGAUACGGUGAUUCGUAUCGACUGGCUUUUUUGGAUCUCCAAAUCCAUACUGUAAGGUACCUAGUCAUACUGGAAUCAAGUAAUGCGAGUUGGUAAAGCAUGUGUGAGGCACAGCCAUACCUCUACUUGGAAAGCAAGCCGUAGGUAGUGAUCGCCCGAGAGUGUAAAUUCUGCUGGCUCUGUCCAUCACGGGCUAGUUCAUAUCGCUCCGGAUGGCCAUCAUGACGAGGCAAGAAAGACGAAUGUUCCAUUUGGUGUGUAGUAGAUGGGUGCAUCGGCCCAGAUCAUUGACUAGCAAAUGAUCGCCGGUGGGAUACACAAGGACGAUCACCCGCCAUGGCG